AGCGUUUGCGUAAAGAUGGCGGUGGUGGCUUGAAGCAGUGGGGCCUUGGUGGAAUCUUCGAGCAAACCGCAGGUGGCGGAGGAGCGGGAUUACUUGAUUUUUUUUUUGUUUUAAUCGCCUUUUUUAAAAAAACCCACCCGGCGGCGGUUCCACUUCCCUUCCACCUCCCCGGCGAGGGGAGGUAAGGGGGAAGGAGACCGUCACCAUGUUCAUCACCGUGAAAACGCUGCAGCAGCAAACGUUCAGAAUCGAGAUCGACCCCGAGCAGACGGUGCAAGCAUUGAAAGAGUGUAUUGAAGCAGAAAAGGGCACUGGUUUCCCUGUUGCUGGUCAGAAACUCAUUUACGCUGGAAAGAUUCUAAGCAACGAUGUGCAACUCAAGGAAUACAAGAUUGAUGAGAAGAAUUUUGUCGUUGUUAUGGUAACAAAGCCGAAGAGUACCCCCACAGAAACAGGAUCUGUUUCCACAGUUGCACCAUCCUCCACACAGUCGCAGCUGGAAGGAGAGGAGAAACAGAAUACAGAUGAUGGAAGCCAGGCCCAGACUAUUACCAGCUCUGUUUCAAUAUCCAGUUCAAUGCCCUCUUCAGGGAGUGACAUACUGUCUGCUCCGUUGUCAGUUAGUGAUCUGCACCCUGCUCACGUUUCAAUGAUCGAUUUAAUCUCAGAACCGCGUUUGCAGAGUGACGUGCCCGAAGAUCUUCCCCAUGAUGGUGCGAGCACAACUACAGUGAGGGACAACGCUUAUGAAACUAUGCUGUCAGAAAUUAUAUCAAUGGGUUAUGAGCGUGAGCAAGUGGUGGCAGCAUUAAGGGCAAGCUUCAACAACCCGCACAGAGCUGUGGAGUACCUGCUGACGGGCAUACCUCAAAGUCCAGUGCAGGAGAGUGCAGCGUCACAUGAUAGUAAUGACUCUGGUCCAUUAACAAUCCCAGAACAACAAGCUGAGAAUCCUUUGGACUUCCUCCGGGAUCUGCCCCAGUUCCAAAACAUGAGACAGGUACUUCAGCAGAAUCCAUCAAUGUUACCAGCCCUGCUCCAACAGCUGGGCAGAGAGAACCCACAGCUAUUGCAGCAAAUCAGUCAGCACCAAGAACACUUCAUCCAGAUGCUAAAUGAACCUUUAGAGGAUGUAACUGAGACUGAAGGGGAGAUGGGAGCAGUUGGAGAAGAUGCAUCGCAGUCAAGCUACGUUCAAGUUACACCCCAAGAAAAAGAGGCCAUAGAGCGGUUAAAAGCCUUGGGUUUUCCUGAGGGCCUCGUCAUUCAGGCUUACUUUGCCUGUGAGAAGAACGAAAAUCUGGCGGCAAACUUCUUGCUGCAGCAGAACUUUGAUGACGAAUGAACAACAGGGAAGAAACUCCUGGCAUAACUUGGAUGUCUGACUAUCUGCUCUCAAGUGCGCAAACCAACUUUAAUAGAAAUGCUAUCUUUCAGCUGUGAAUGAAAAUAAUGAUAGAAAUAACAAUUAGAGACUGUACAUUACAGUUUAAGUGGGGCUGGAAACAUAACUAAUUUUAACCUAGAAACGCUGCAAUUUGAAAUGGGGGUGAAUUAUCUUCAAUAUUAAAGGAAAAGAAAACUGUAAAUAUAACUUGUUUACUGGAUUAAAGAAUUGUUUUCACCUCAAAUGGUACAAAAUUAAUCCUCCCAAAAAUGGGGAGCAUGCGGGUGUGAGAUAAUCCAUAUUCAACUGAAUAUUUAAGAGGGUUCAACAUUAAGUUUGAGAACCCUGGGCACAAGUGCACUAACUGCCUGCUUUAAUAGCAGAUGCUUCUCAGCCAGCGUAUGCAGCAAAAAUGGGUAUAUGACUGGACCUUUUUGCUGGUUUACCUUUCACACCUUAGUUAUUGUGUACACCUUUGUGUGUGUAUAUGUGUUUCGUGAACUACCUUGCAUCAGGACCAUCACAUGGCAACUGUGCACAACCAAGUCAUUGCAUUUACAUUAUAAAGUAGUUUAUUUCUUACAAAAAGGGCAUGGGCUCUGCACCUUUUGGGGUGUUUUUUUUUUCCUUGUUAUCCCACUUAAAAUAGAUUAAGACUGAUGGGAUAGAACUUUGUUUUCUUUACGGUGUCAUAUUGAUUUGUCAUGGCAAAGACACCUGUCUUUAAGAGUUUCUGUGUAAUUAAAAGUUAUUUUUAAUUAAUUUGGAAAUGACCUGUGUGUUGACUUUUUGGCUGAUUUGUUAAAGGAUUACAUUGUAUUCAUAAUAUGUUCAGGCUAUUAAAGCCCAGAUUUCCUUACUAUUUGUGUAGAGGUAUGUGAUCUUAAAUGAGUAUGAAGAGUUAGCAUCAGUGCCCACUAGAUUAAGACAGGUGCUCCCUUGCGUUAAACAAAUUAUGUACAAUGGAGUUAACAUUGUAGGUUGGAUAAUGAAAGAUCACCAACCUGAAAUGUUAACUGUUUCUCUCUCCACUGAUCCGGUCUGGUCUGCUGAAUAUUUUCUGUUUCUCCAUUAGCAUUCCAGCAUUCACCACAUUUUGCACUUGUGUACAAGUGUUAACUGUACCACACAAUGGCAGUACUCACUUCUGAGUCAAAGGGUUAUGAGUUCUUGUCUUACUCCAGAAUCCAUACAGACACUCUCGAUGUUAAUCUGAGGCCGUCAGUGACCACCAGGUAGAUAUCACUGGACUGUGUGAAGAUUCACAGGUGAUGUUGUUACUGGUGCUCUGGGCACCAUUUAUCUGUCAACCAACAUCAUUAAAACAUCUUUUUGUCCUGAAGAAACAUAGAACAAUACAGCGCAGAACAGGCCUGUCCGCCCUCGAUGUUGCACCGAUGUGUGAACUAAUCUAAGCCCAUCCCCCUACACUAUCCCAUCAUCUUCCAUAUGCUUAUCCAAGGACUGUUUGAAUGCCCCUAAUGUGGCUGAGUUAACUACAUUGGCAGGCAGGGUGUUCCACGCCUUUGCCACUCUCUGAGUAAAGAACCUGCCUCUGACAUCUGUCUUAAAUCUAUCACCCCUCAAUUUGUAGCUGUGCCCCCUCGUACAAGCUGACAUCAUCAUCCUCGGAAAAAGACUGUCACUGUCCACCUUAUCUAAUUCUCUGAUCAUCUUGCAUGUCUGUAUUAAAUCCCCUCUUAGCCUUCUUCUCAAGACCCAAGUCCCUCAGCCUUUCUUCAUAAGGCCUUCGCUCCAGACCAGGCAACAUCCUGGUAAAUCUCCUCUGCACCUUUUCCACUGCUUCCACAUCCUUCUUGUAAUGGGACGACCAGAACUGCACGCAAUAUUCCAAGUGAGGCCGCACUAGCGUUUUGUACAGUUGCAGCAUGACAUCACAACUCCAGAACUCAAUCCCUCGACCAAUAAAACCUAACACACCGUAAGCCUUCUUAACAGCACUAUCAACCUGGGUGGCAACUUUCAGGGAUCUAUGUACAUGGACACCAAGGUUCCCCAUCCACACUACCAAGAAAUUUUCCAUUGGCCCAGUAUUCUGCCUCAUAUUAUUCUUCCCAAAGUGAAUCACCUCACAUUUAUCCGUAUUGAACUCCAUUUGCCACCUUUCAGCCCAAUUCUGCAGUUUAUCCAAGUCUCCCUGCAACUUGCAAUACCUGAAAUGUUGACUUUUCCUUUCCUCCAGAUGCUGCCUGGUUUGCUGUGUGCUUCCAGCCUCCUAUUUGUCUGCCUUUGAUUCCAACAUCUGCAGAGUUUCUUUUUGUCUCUAAUCAUUAAAACAUCCUCUAGUCUUUGUUGCAGUGCUGUUUGAGGGACCGUGCGGUGCGUAAAUUGGCUACUGCGUUACAACAAUGACUGUUUCAGAAAUGCAGCACUUUGAGACGCCCUGAGUGAUGUGGAGACAACUCUUUCAUUUUCUUUUCACUUUGAUCCACCUCAGAAAGAUAAAAGGGUGAACUGUGUAAGCUUCUGAAUCCAAGAUUGAGUCUGCCUUCAACCCACUUCGCAAUGCCACUGUUUCCGAAAUAUUUUCUCCCAGCCAGAAGAGCCAUAGAAAAACAGGAGAGGUUAAUCUAUCAAAUAAAUGUCUAAGCACAUUUUGUUCAACAUUGUUUUAGCCAGUGACAAAUGUAUUAAUUGCUAUAAAAUUCAAGUCUCAACUGAAUGUUUAUUGUACACAUUUCAUAAUAACAGUGUAAAGUUCAUCAUUAAAAUCUGUUUAGUUUAGAUAAUGAAAGAAUUAUCACGAGAAGUAUAUUGGACCUAUGCUACCUGUACAGCUCUUUGGUAGAUCUACCCAAUUAACUCCUGAACCCACUGCUUUUUUUGUCAUUGCCCUGUAAUUUCAUUCCCUUAUAAUUUUAAUAUCUUGAUUAUUGCCAUUUUUUGCCCCCAGCGUUCCAGCCUGUCUUUAAUUCUGGGGCCUAAGACUGCUGACUUCAACAAUUGAGGGAAUUUUACAAGGGUCCUGUUGCAACUUGAAUAUGUUGUGUUGUGUGACAUUUUCCAUUUCCUGCUGCUGAAUA